GCUAUUUAAACGCGGGCCAUGGAUCCAGGAACCGGCGCGAAUCAAUGAGAUCAAACGCGAGGGAGAUGCACCGUCAAUUACAAGCACUUGGACAAGUCUAACUUUUUUUUUUCCUUUUACAAAUACGCUUUCAAAAGCAACCUUAGCAACGCCCAAAUAAGAAGCCACCUCUAAGCAAAAUAGCAUAUAUAAAGGGAGGACGAAUAUAUAUAUUUAUCAUCAGUGUAUAUAAGUAUAUUCCAGGCGUACAGGUUUACACCCGGUGAACUUUUUUUUUCUCUUUUUUUUUCUUUUUCUUUUCUUUUAAACUCGUGGUAUCGCAGAGAAGGACUCUUGCUCUCCUCUGCCUUUCCGCGAGUUACCGAAGGUGGGGUAUUCUCCUAGCACUCCUAGCACGCCCUCAGGGUGUGCAGGGACCUCGGAGAGAAGAGAGGGGAAGAAAGAGGCAGGGUGGGCGGGUGUCACCGGGCGAGUCGGCGGCGAGGGCAGGAGCGUUCGGGCGGCACCAUGCGGUCCCUGCCGGUGCUCGGCUUCUCCGCGUGCGCCCUGCUCUGCUGGGCGUUGCUGGCCGGCGGCACGGGAGGCGCCGGUGGCGGGGGCGCGGGCGCGGGCGCCGGGCGCCGGGAGCGAGAGGCGCUGCCGCCGCAGAAGAUCGAGGUGCUGGUGCUGUUGCCCCAGGACAACUCGUACCUGUUCUCCCAGGCCCGGGUGCGGCCGGCCAUCGAGUACGCGCUCCGCAGCGUGGAGAGCAAUGGGACCGGGCGGUGGCGGCUGCCGCCCGGCACCCACUUCCAGGUGACCUACGAGGACUCGGGCUGCGGCAACGGCGCGCUCUUCCGUUUAGUGGACCGCGUGGCGGCAGCUCGCGGCGCCAAGCCCGAUCUCAUCCUGGGGCCGGUGUGCGAGUACGCGGCGGCGCCCGUCGCCCGGCUGGCAUCGCACUGGGACCUGCCCAUGCUGUCGGCCGGGGCGCUGGCCGCCGGCUUCCAGCACAAGGACACGGAGUACUCGCACCUCACGCGCGUGGCGCCAGCCUACGCCAAGAUGGGCGAGAUGAUGCUCGCUCUGUUCCGCCACCACCAGUGGAGCCGCGCCGCGCUCUUCUACAACGACGACAAACUGGAGCGGAACUGCUACUUCACCCUCGAGGGGGUCCACGAGGUCUUCCAGGAGGAGGGCUUGCACACCUCCUCCUACAGUUUCGACGAGACCAAAGACCUGGACCUGGACGACAUCGUGCGCAACAUCCAGGCCAAUGAGCGAGUUGUGAUCUUGUGUGCGAGCAGCGACACCGUCCGGAGCAUCAUGCUGGCGGCGCACAGGCAUGGGAUGACCAGCGGAGACUACGCCUUUUUCAACAUCGAGCUCUUCAACAGUUCCUCCUACGGAGACGGCUCGUGGAAGAGAGGAGACAAACACGACUUUGAAGCUAAGCAAGCGUACUCAUCUCUCCAGACAAUUACUCUACUGAGGACAGUGAAACCUGAGUUUGAGAAGUUUUCCAUGGAGGUGAAAAGUUCUGUUGAGAAACAGGGGCUCAAUGAGGAGGAUUACGUAAACAUGUUUGUUGAAGGAUUCCAUGAUGCCAUCCUCCUGUAUGUCCUGGCUUUACAUGAAGUGCUGAGAGCUGGCUACAGCAAGAAGGAUGGAGGGAAAAUUAUCCAGCAUACUUGGAACAGAACAUUUGAAGGGAUUGCUGGACAGGUCUCCAUAGACGCCAACGGAGAUCGGUACGGGGAUUUCUCGGUGAUCGCCAUGACCGACACAGAAGCCGGCACCCAGGAGGUUAUUGGCGAUUACUUUGGAAAAGAAGGUCGGUUUGAAAUGCGGCCGAAUGUCAAAUAUCCAUGGGGGCCUUUAAAACUGAGAAUAGAUGAGACAAGAAUCGCAGAGCACACAAACAGCUCUCCUUGCAAAUCAUCAGGUGGCCUAGAAGAAUCGGCAGUGACCGGAAUUGUCGUGGGGGCUUUGCUGGGAGCUGGCUUGCUAAUGGCCUUCUACUUUUUCAGGAAGAAAUACAGAAUAACCAUUGAGAGACGAAACCAGCACGAAGAAAGUAACAUUGGAAAACAUCGCGAGUUACGGGAAGAUUCCAUCAGAUCGCAUUUUUCAGUGGCUUAAAAGGAAGGCUUUUCUUCCAGCAUGAGAUUCUUGGAGGAGAGAGAAGGGAUGAAAGAGUUCCGUGGAACCGAAGGGUGCUCUUGAAGAACUCAUUCUUUUAAGCAGUUAGUCGUUUGGUUGUUAAAUUUCUUUAGAAGCUCAGGAAUGAUUAUUGAUCGCCAUCUGCCUCCUGGCCGCUCAUCUUAUGAUAAAUGUAAGCGUAUAACGGCACUCUGUUAAGAUGUUCAUACUAUUUCCAGGGUGUACGAUCAGAUUUAUGGCUUGAAAAUCUGAUGUCUCCACGUCCUGAUGGCUUUUGGGGGCCUUCCAAACUAGGCUGUAAAAUGUGGUUUUCUUAAAUGAAAUGUUUUAUAGCUAGAGUAAAAUCAUUUUUACAAGUAGAAUAUUCUUGGAAAGAAUUUAACACCUAAGAAUGGGAAAAUGUCUUGAAAAAAAAAAAAACUCAAGAUGGAAAGAACAGCGCUCCUCUCUCUCGGGCUGGUAGUAGAUUUGAGGUGGGUUGGGAAGGACUCUGUCCCAAGUAGCCAUUCAUGUCCUGACUUCUCUCAAGAACGGAUUUCUUUUCUGUCUCCUUCGGUGUCUCAUGAAGCCACUCUAGAAAGUUGUAACUAAUAACAAGAUGAGAGAAUUUUAUAAAAGAAAAAGCAAGUCUAAAAUGGUUCAUUCUUUAAUGUAAACAAAGCACCCUCUCACUAACAUUUUAUUUUUAAGUAUCUUAAUCGUAUAUUUUGCUAUUAGAAAAUGUGUCUAUUUUUUCAUUUAAAGAUUAAAUUUUGCUUAUAUUUUAAAAGUAUGGGUAAAGUAUAAACGAAUCAAUAAUGAUGAGACUUCUUUUUCCCCCUCCUUUUCCCUCUUCCUCUUGAUCAUAAUCAAAUGCUAGUCUUUGCUUUAACUAUAGAGAUUCUUUCUUGUACUCAGAUCACAAAUCCUGUAGUAGUGCAUCAGUUUACCUAUUUUAAGUGCAGGUUGUUUGGGGGAUUUAUUCCUUCUAAUUCUGACCAAAUGAUGAUUUUCAAGAUCAGGGGUGAAAUGGAUUAAGUAGUGAUAGAAUUUCACAAAAAGAGGAAACCCUUCUCCUUCAAGGAGAACCUUAUAGUCAGAACUUGACCAGGAAAGAUAAAAUUUGCAAGCACAUACAUGACACUUUACCCAAAUUCACAGUGAUGCUUUUAGGGUAAAAGAGGGAAACUAGAUAACUUGUAUAGUUGCCUUUCAGUGAAUUCCACAGAGCUUUUUUUAGUCCACAAGUAAUUCAUAUAAUGGAGAGCUGGGGGUAGUUAGAUAAGGGAUUUGAAUAUUUUACUGACUGUAUUUUGCAUCCAGUAUUCUGCAUACUGCCUGGUAAGCUUUCCGUGGUGUAUUUGAUAUGCCAAAUACAGUAAAAUGAUGGGUUUAAUUCCCCUUACCCUGAAAGAGCCUCCAGUGCGGCACUGCUGGGAAGAACGAGUAAAGAACGGCUGCUAAAAUCUCAGGGCUAGGAUGAAUGGAGAUGUUACUGGCGCCCGCUCGAGCAAAUCGAUGAUCAACGGGAUGACAGUGAUACAGUGAUACAGUGAUUCUGCAUAUAGGUUUAAACUCAGGUUGCCACUUCUGUAUAUGAUUUGUGGAAAAAAUAGGGAAGAAUGGAAAGUUGUCCAGUCAUGUAUCUUCUUGUAAUUAUGCCAAGUAGGUUUUUUUCUCCCUUAGCCAUGGUUCAGAUAGCUGGAAAACAAUUAGAAAGAUCUGACAGUCUCUAAAAGAACACAGAUGAAGGAAAACAGGGGAGUUCUAUAAUUCCUUGGAAGUAAUGCAGGUUGUAGUUCACAGAGGAAGUGGUGGAGGUGGGUGAGUAAUAGCCAUUGUCCUGGACGUUGGUCUGGAAAUUGCUUCUCAAGAAGUCUGCCUUUAUUGCUUCUAGUUCAAAGUGAAUAGAUUUUUUCACUCUAUCCAUGAGGUACCAUUUUCUGGUACUGUGUCAAAAAAUGGGGUACAGGCAGUCAGUGAGCAGUGAGCAUGAGAAAAUUAACUUAUGAUCAGCAGAGAGUUUUCAAUAUAGAUCUUCAGUUGGAUUCAAAGGACGAUGUGCAGAAUUUAGACAAGGACUGGUGGUGUUGGGGAGAAGGUGGUUGGGUGAGAUGGAAGAUGCUGGGGUGGAGGACUGGAAAAAGUAUGGAAGAAAACUAGAUUCCAAAAUUUGAAUGUAGGAAGGGUAUUUGGCAGAGCAAAGCAUUUAAUAGCUCAGGAUUCCUCAAAAUGAAAAUAGAAGGGUUGUAUCUCUUAUUUCCAUGAAUUUGAGCAUCUAUUUCUCUCUCAUUUUAAUUUGUAAGGCUGUUUUCCGUGCAUUUUACGGAUACUCAAUUUUCUAUUGUCUUUUAAAAACAUCCAAAUUUCGGCCCUCUGUGCUUAUUAUAAUCACUCUGGUUAUUGCCUUUGAAUUGUAAACACUUCUGAUCUUUUUAGAAUCUUUUGACUCUAACAUUUGAAAGAACAUAUUUAUUUGUAUUUCAGGUAGUGUAAUAGUUCUAAACUCAAUAUUAUAUCCUUAGAUAAAAAUUUUGAAAUAAGUGAGAAUUUAGUAUUAAAAGUGAUGGAAUAUUGUGAGGUUUCUGGUAAGUAGGUGCUGCUGUCUUGAAAUCUGAAAGUGCUUCUAGGCUUCUGAAGAUUGAUCGCUUACUUACAUGUCUGACUGUCUAUUCUUUCAUUCUUGAAACUCACACGACUUACAAAAACUCUGUUAAAAUUUUUCAAAACUCCUUAAGUUGGAAAUCUUUAAUAAAAGCAUAGGUGUUUGGUCCAAGCUUACCACCGAGUUUAGAAUGAGAUUAUGCCUUGAGAUUUACGUUCCUAACUGCUAACCAACAUAUUUGACAACUCAUCAUUCAUAUAUAACACAGUAAAAUAAAUAGGACUUUAGUUCUUAAAUAAUUCUAUAAACUUUUGCCCUGAAACUCAGGGUGCUCAGAUUUCAAAAUGGUAGGCUUUAUCAGUAUUUUAUUAUCUGGCCAAAUAUAAAAUAACAUUUAUAUAGGUCAAAUGAGUAUAUGCCAUAAAAAUAUAUAUGUGUAUACACACAUUCACAUACACACACACUGAUGUUAUUAGAAGCAAGUAUACUUUUUUAUGGUCAUCAUUGUCACCUUCUUAAAUUUUUUCUCCCCCAGACUCAAAAAUUAAAGCUUUCUCGAGUUAAUCACUGCUAUCCAGAAAUAACUUUCUGGAUAGAGUGCCUAUCUUACUCCAGACGGACCACGUUUCCACAAGGAAACCCCUGUAAAAAUUAAUAUUUCUUGGAAGAACCAUCAGCUUGUCUUUUCCUGAAUGACAGACACAGUCCACGGGCAAUAAACUAGUUCUUUACGUUUCAGCAGCCAUAUUUCAUGGGGGAAGUGGAGAAAUGCAGGGCAGGAGAAAGCUUCCUUCUGCUUUCCCCUCCGUCCAAAGACUUUUCUUUUGGGAUGUCCAGACACUUCUCCUUCCUCAGAGGUUUCAAGGACCAUGAACUUAUUCCAGGCGUGUGUGUCCUCUUUGCCCCGACAUUACCACUUUCCUCUGUGUGCUGCUGGGUGGGGCAGUGUAAGAUGCGCCCUGCAGUGAUACGAGGGCCACUGUUUAGACCUCACACUGAGUGACAAGAAUUCUGAGAAUAGGUCCCAGAGGUAUCGCCACCUUCUUGUGAGAGAGUCCACAGUGUUUAUUUGUGUAAGCCUCUACAAACGACAAAAGUCUCUACAAAACCACAUUUGCGAGAGUGUAGUUCAAAUAGAAUAACACGGAUAGAUAUUAAGGGAGUCUUUCCGAGUGGAAAGGAACACAGGCCUAUGUUUGUCGGGGCACAAAGGACUCAGCUCCUAACCGGAUGCAGCCCUAAAGCCAAGUGCCACUAAAGUUAGGUCCCCUGAUCAAUGCGUCAUGGGUUUUGUUUAAUUAUGCUUCAUGAGGAGGUGGAUAAUGAGCUGCAUUUCUUCAAUAGAUAAAAAGAAAGAAACUAGCUCUCUGGAAAGGAUUUAAGGGUUAACGUUUCUUUUCCACUUGAUCUUUAGAAUGAUCAACAGUUUCAUCCCUGCAGCCAGAUUCAGAAAAAAAAAAAAAAGUUGGCAUGCAUCUAGUAAAAAGAAUCAGGAACUUGAUCUCCCAAAAGAAAUGGAAGUGGGUAGCAUAGCAAGCUGCCACCAUUUUUUACCAUCCCUUCUUCCUCCACAUCUCCCAUCUGUCAUGGCCCCAAAGAGGCAGCAUCUUUCGAGGGCAGGUAGGAACUUGUGACUUGGACCUCCAUCGUUGCUCAGAGGCAAAGAAGACCAAAUGGUGCUGGCUGGAAGGGGGCCGGCUUUUGAUCCAAAUCCUUGUCCUAACUUGACCACAUAAACUCUCGGUGAGUUCAAGCCUGGGAUGUGCAUUUACUUCAAAAGCCUGAAUUUCCUUUUUUUUUUUUUUGCAUGUAAACCUCAUACACAUCUCGUGUAGGCCUAUGCCCAGCUAGACUCCAGGAUUAAAAUGAUUUUUCAAAAGGUGUUGGAUUGGAGUUAGUUCAAAUUUCUCAUUAACCACUACUGUUGAUUCGUACAAAAGGCAAAGUGCUUCUAAAGGGGCGGAUGCUGUUGAUGUUCAUGUUUUCAGUUACUUUAAGCCCAAUGGAUGAGUCUCAAUGGAGUUGGGUCCCAGAAGUAAAAAAGUCUCGAUGUUAUAAUAUCUUUUUGAUGUUCUCAGGCAUGUGAUGCUUCUUUGGGGAGUGAUGAUUCUAAACUAGAAUUCAGAGUGAGCAAAAAUGGUGCAUUAUUUUGAUUCCUGUGUUUAAUCAAAACAUUUAAGGACAUAAAUGUUUGUGCACAAGUGAGAAAGGACCCAAUUCACCAAGUACAAACUACAACACAGGCUACCAUUUCUCUUUUGGGGGGUGGAGUGGGGAAUGCUAGGAGAACAAGUGCAUCAUAGCAUAUAAUGACUGGGAAAAGAAAGUUGAGAAAGAAAAAAAUUGUGUUUUGAAAUCGGUGUCCUCUGGUUUGCUCACUAUCAAAAUUCAACAAUGGCCAAAGUGGCAUGUCUUACCAGAGACCCAGUGAGGUGUCUGUGACAGCCUGGAGAAAACUGUGAGCUUGCAGAUUUUUUUGCUGGUUCAGGGCAUCUGAGCUCUGGUCCCUGUGUGUGAUGCAUAAUCGAAACCAAGAGAACAUGUUGCAGAAAUCAUGGAAAAUGAAUUCUGCAGCCUGGUCUUCUGGACCAUAUUACUCAUUGUUUAUGCAAAAACAGGACUACCAAACAAUACAGACCUACCAUGAUUCUGAUAGAAAAGUCAAAGUCAAAGCUGCCCAAGCUUCAGACAGUUUAUUAUUCUAAUGUAAGUAGAACUAUCUGCAUAUAAUGUGAUUUAAUUUAUUGUUGUUUGUGUAGAAAAUGAAACUUAAUGACUGUGGAUAUAACCCCUGUUUUGUAUAAUAUAUUUUAUUUCUGGUGCAAACUAGUCAUUUAAAGUAUCUACUUCAUUUGGUAUUUGGAUAUCAAUGUGUAUGUGUUCUUGUAAAUGUUUCUAUUAAGCAAGAAUACCAUAUGCUCACAAUAUAAUGUGUCCUAAUUAAAAUAUACAUCCC